UGUCUUCUUUUCCCUUUGGCCCUCAGAGUCAGAGACUGAACCACUCAAAGUGCCCAAAAGAAAAUAACAAGUGAAGUGAAACACAUCAGACUACCCAGAUCGCCGGGUCGGGUAAUGGAUACCCGCCCAAGCCAGCGGCUUUCUCCUUCUCCGCCCAAAGGCCACCACCAACGGAACACUGCCGUUUUCGUUUCAGCGACCAUGGUCACAAGAGGCUACCCAGUUGCAUAAUUUUGCAGUUCGACCCCUCAAAGUUUUUAGCUUUAGGAACGCGCCCCCAACUCCGUCCUGCUUUUUCCUCACUCGGGUCCUCGGUAAUGGCGACUACCAACACCACCCCGCAGGCCGUGGGAGUUGAGGGGGUUGACGCGUCAGCAUCGGCGGAUGAGGCGGCGGCUAAAGCCGUGCACAAGAGGUACGAAGGGCUUGUGAUGGUACGGACGAAGGCGAUAAAGGGGAAAGGGGCUUGGUACUGGGCUCACUUGGAGCCUAUAUUGGUCCACAACACCGACACUGGUCUGCCCAAAGCGGUGAAGCUCCGGUGCUCCUUUUGCAACGCCUUGUUCUCCGCCUCGAACCCGUCGCGCACCGCCUCCGAGCACUUAAAGCGCGGGACUUGCCCCAAUUUCAACUCCGUCGCGAAACCCAUUUCGUCCCUCUCGCCGUCCUCCACCAUCAACUUGCCUCCGUCGCCUGCCCCCGUCCACCAUACCAGCCGCAAGCGGAGCUCGUCUUCCGUUUCCGUUUCGGCUUCAACGUCGUACCAUGUUCCGCCGCUCGCGAUAGUGGACCCGACCCGGUUCUGCGGCGAGCUCACUUACUCUCCGGUGACCGCGACGGCGCAUACGGCGAUGACGCACCAGCCGCAUUUGGUGUUGUCGGGUGGGAAAGAGGACUUGGGAGCUCUGGCGAUGCUGGAGGACAGCGUGAAGAAGCUCAAGAGCCCCAAAACUUCACCCGGUCCGACGCUGAGUAAGACGCAGGUGGACGUUGCGCUUGAUUUUCUGGCUGAUUGGGUGUUUGAGUCUUGUGGGUCGGUGUCGUUUUCGAGCGUCGAGCACCCAAAGUUCAGAGCUUUUCUCAACCAGGUGGGUCUGCGGGCGAUUUCCCGGCGGGAGUUCACCGGGUCGAGACUCGACUCCAAGUUUGAGGAAGCGAAGGCCGAGGCCGAGGCCCGAAUUCACGACGCCAUGUUCUUUCAGAUUGCUUCUGAUGGGUGGAAGAGCAAGACUUUUGGCGCGUUUGGGGAAGAUGGUCUCGUAAAUUUGACUGUGAAUCUUCCCAAUGGGACUAGUGUGUACAGGAAGGCGGUGUUUGUCGGCGGCUCUGUACCUUCGAAGUAUGCCGAGGAUGUUUUGUGGGAGACAGUGACAAGCAUUUGUGGGAAUGUUGUGCAGCAGUGUGUAGGAAUAGUAGCAGACAAGUUUAAGUCCAAGGCACUGAGGAAUUUAGAGAAUCAGAAUCACUGGAUGGUUAAUCUUUCUUGUCAGUUUCAGGGUUUCAAUAGUUUGAUUAAGGAUUUCAGUAAGGAACUUCCCUUGUUUAAGGAUGUCGCCGAGAAUUGUUUUAAGAUUGCGAAUUUCGUGAAUAACAAGUCUCAGGUUAGGAGUAGCUUUCAUAAGUAUCAGUCCCAGGAGUAUGGUCAUGCCGGGCUGUUAAGAGUGCCGUUGCGUGAGUUCGAAAUGGUUAACUUUGGAGCAGUGCAUAUAUUGUUUGAGGAUAUUCUGAGCUCAGCCGGGGCACUUCAGUUGGUCCUGCUAGACGAAUCUUAUAAAGUUGCAUCCAUGGAGGAUCCAAUGGCUAGAGAAGUCGCCGAGAUGAUUGGGAAUGUGAGGUUUUGGAAUGAAUUGCAGGCGGUGCAUUCGUUGGUUAAGUUGAUCAAGGACAUGGCUCAAGAGAUUGAGACGGAGAGGCCGCUGGUUGGUAAAUGCCUCCCACUUUGGGAUGAACUAAGAACAAAAGUGAAGGAUUGGUGUGCCAGUUUCCACAUUCCAGAAGAACCGGUGGAGAAGGUGAUUGAAAGGCGGUUCAGGAAGAAUUAUCAUCCUGCUUGGGCGGCUGCGUUUAUACUUGAUCCGCUCUAUUUAAUUAGGGACACUAGUGGGAAGUAUCUUCCACCAUUCAAGUUGUUGACGCCAGAGCAGGAGAAGGAUGUGGACAAGCUUAUAACCCGGCUUGUGUCGAGGGAGGAAGCCCAUAUAGCACUAAUGGAACUCAUGAAAUGGAGAACAGAGGGGCUUGAUCAGGUAUAUGCGCGUGCUGUACAAAUGAAGGAGAGGGACCCCAAUACAGGGAAGAUGAGAAUUGCCAACCCACAGAGCAGUAGGCUUGUAUGGGAAACACACCUCACCGAGUUUAAGUCACUAGGGAAAGUUGCAGUUAGGCUCAUCUUCCUUCAUGCAACGUCGUGUGGGUUCAAAUGUAAUUGGUCUCUAUUGAGAUGGGUGUCUGCCCAUGGCCACUCAAGGGUGGGAAUUGACAAGGCACAGAAGUUGAUAUUCAUUGCAGCUCAUUCCAAGCUCGAAAGGCGGGAUUAUUCCUGCGAAGAAGACAAGGAUGCGGAGCUACUUGCCUUAGCAAACGAAGCAUUCGACAAAGAUAUUGUUGGACUGGAGAGGCCACCCUAAGGCGGUUGGUGGUUAGCAUAACCAUUUGGACCAUAGCAAAAGAGGAGUUUGCCUAAAAGGAUCCAAGAAAUGAUUUUUCACCUGAAAUUUUCGGCAAUGACGUGUCGUUCGCAUAGAGGGGGAAGCCCAGGAAGCUUUUGCAAAAUUGCAGUGAUUGGUUUUUUGGUGAAUGGCAAGCCAGAGUUUCAAAAUGUGUGGAGUGGGGGUCAACACCCCACAGAUAGAAAGCCUUGCAAAGACCAACCUGAAGCAUAAAAAGCUUUACAGCUGGAGAAGCACUUCUAACUGUAUAGAUAAUCACUUUUCCUUUUGGUUCUGGUUUUUGUGUCUGAAACAGUGGAGCCCCCACAUCACAAAGAGGAGUGAGAAGUGGAAGUCGUUUUCCAAGCCAUGGAGAUUGGAUCAGGGAGGUUUUUUUGUCAUUAAAUCAAAUCACAGAGAGAGAGAGAGAGAGAGAGAGAGAGAGAGAGAGAGAGCUUUGUGUUUUUUAAGGGUAACUUAUCUUUUAAACAUUCCAAAGCUUGUUGAAUGAGAGUUGAUCACGCAGAAUAGUUGUGGGGUGGAUGCUGCCCAUGGUUGCAAGAAAGGUGUUGAAAAAGAAGCGAAUGCAAAAGAAGACUGUCGGCAUGAAGCAACACACAAGAUGCUUGAGAACGAUGCCACAACCAAGUUAACCAAGUUUACCACAUUUUUGUGGUCCUUGUUUUAAGUCUUCUAGGAGUUGAAAACUACAUUUUUAACAUGUUUUCCACUGAAUCCGGAUCUGCUGGAUCCUCUUUGUAAUGAUCCGGAGAUCUGUGAAUCAUAUCCGUUCAUCGUA